GAUGAAAACAUUGCAGCUGAUUGUUUUGAUUGUGCAGCGAGUUUUGAUUACGGCCGGCGUGUUUUUGACCGCCGUCGUUGUGAUCCACUUUACCGCUAUCGAUCCAAAGGAACGUGCUAUUUCGUGCGAUCGAGUUUGCAAUCGAGCCGACUGGCCACGGAUCUGUCGGUUCGAGCUGGUGGUGGAAAAACGCACCUUUCGCCCUGGCAGCGCUUCAGUCACGGGCAACGUGUCGUUAGCCGCUGGUUGGAAGUCCUCCGAGUCGCCCAUCAUCGCCCACUACUACACCGUCAACGGACGGUACGUAGGUCCCACGCUGACCGUGUGCGAAAAUGACUUCCUGGUGGUGGAUGUCGAGAAUCGGAUCCCUGGCGAGAGCGUCUCGCUGCACUGGACGGGUCAGAGUCAGCGCCGCACGCUCUUCAUGGAUGGAGUACCGAUGAUAACGCAAUGUCCCAUUGCCAGCUUCACACGGUUCCAGUAUCGAUUCCAGGCAGAUCAAGCGGGCACCCAUCUUUAUCAUGGCUACACCGGAACGGAACGUACCCAAGGACUUCUUGGAGCGUUUGUAGUUCGUUCCGUACAAGAGCAAAAGCUUUCGCCCGUUCUUAGACUCCUUACAGAAGAGACGGUUUGGCUAGUUACCGAACUAAACGGAAUGCUUGCAGUCAAUGGACAACGAAGCUGGCGACAGGCUUAUUCCCCAAACGGAACAGAAAGCGAUUCAAACCUCCGCAUAAGGCUCGUCUAUGCGGUAGGUCACUGUCAGCAUUGGCUCGAGCUGGAAGACCACGACCUGCAGGUUCUGACACUCGACGGCAAUGGUUUGGAACAUGAUUCAAUGUCUCCUGUUGAUCGUAUCCUGCUGCACGAUGGUGUCCGGAUGGACUUAACGUUCAUCCGGCGAGUCCCGGUGGAGGUUCACAAUAUUAAGCGAGAUUAUGAAAUUCGGUUUGCCCCGCUAGAGACCUACCGGGAUGGCUGUGAGCGUGCGAUAUUUCACCUUCAGUACGACUCCCUGCUGCACGGUCAUUGGGAACAUCGGUCACACAUCCCGAGCGUGAGUGCGGACGACGCUGAAAGUAUUAAAUAUAAUUUAAUCGCAUCCCCUGUACUGCGUCCACCGAGCAAAGCAUUAGACCUGGUUGGAAAUGUCUGCGGAGGGAUGGUUCUGUGCCCGCAGGAUUUGCCCGGCGCUCGGGAACACUUUCCAAAGGAUCUUGCGUCGUACGACAGGCGGCUCGAGCUUACGAUCAACAAACGGGUGCUAGACGGAGUAGGACCCUUCGGAGAUCCGACCCACGAGACGGUGCACUCUGUGAACGGGUUCACCUUUGCCUUUCCGUCCGUGCUGAUGCUACGCGAGCCAGCCAACGAUGAGCUGCGGGCACACACUUGCGGAGGCCACCGCCGGACGCUGCCAAGAAGCUGUCACCCGCUGACGGCCCGAUGCGAGUGUGUGCACGUCGAGCACAUCGAAGCAGGUCAUCGAGUGGAAAUGGUCCUAAUUAAUGCCGAUGCUGCGGACGAUUACGUGUAUCACCUUCACGGACAGAGUGUGUUCAUUGUGGGGAUGGCCACCGGACAUCGGACCGAGCCGGAGAGGGUAGUGCGAAACCUGACGACACCUCCUCAGCGAGACACAAUCAUUGUGCGGCGAGACUCGAUCGUUGUGGUGCGGUUUGUUGCCAAAAAUGCUGGACUGUGGUUGCUGCGAGAUAUUGGGUCACCGUCGUGGUCCCGUGGGUUGGAUGUGGUGUUGAAUGUCGGGUCGCACCAGCCAAAUUUUGACAUUCCGAGCAAUUUUCCUUCCUGUAGACAUUUUGUAGGUCCUAGGUACUUUUUAGUGUGAAGG